CAUCCUCAAAGUGCAGGCGAUUGUGCUUGGCUGCAUAGUGAAACAUGUUAAAAGAAAACAAAUGAUGCUGCUAAUGUGAAUUGUUCUGCCUUGUUAGGAUGCCAGGACUGGACAUCACAGACAGGAGAAGCUCAAGAAGUCCUUGGGAAAUAAGAAGUCUGAGCAACUUGAGGAGGUGGAAAGCGCUGUUCUGGAGGUGGACAGUAACUGUGAUGACCCAGUCAGCAGCAUUCCUCCUGCCUCAGCGGAGGGCCCGGUGAACGGCAACGCAGAGCCCAGAGGCAAGCGGGCCAUUCGCAGGCCUGCUUACUGGCUGGAAAUGAGAGGAAUGAAAAACAGUGUUAACAAAUCUUCAGAAAAAAAAGGAGAAGUACUAUUGAAAGGCAAGAGGAAAUCUGAGCAAAGAGAGGGCAAAGAUGUUAAAGACUCUCCCAGGAAGAAGCAGAAGAUUUCAGGUAAAAAACAGCAAACUGAAACAAAACAAAACUCCAGAACGAAAGGCCACCGUGUUCAGAAGGAGCCCGAAACCUAUGACACAGGUAGUAUUGAAGAGCAAUGGUCUUUGGAGAUUCAGGACAAAGGCCGAGUUACCUGUCCAACUUGCCGGGCUGUGGUGAGAAAGACUGUAGAAGGACUGAAGAAACAUAUGGUAAAUUGCAGGAAGGAAAUGUUCACAUGUCAUCACUGCGGGAAGCAGCUGAAGUCUUUAGCAGGGAUGAAAUACCAUGUCAUGGCAGACCAUAACAAUCAGCCAGUUGUGAAGGAGGGAGAAGAAUUGGAUGAGCAGCUCGAGCGAGACCGCCUUCGGAAGGUUUUAAAGCGAAUGGGAAAACUAAAGUGUACAAGGGAGGGCUGCACAGGCAGCUUCACCAGCAUAAUGGGGUACCUAUAUCAUGUUAAAAAAUGUGGGAAGGCUGCUUCUGAGCUGGAGAAAAUGGCUAUGAAGUGCCAUCACUGUGGGAAAGCGUACAGAUCAAAGGCAGGACUUGUCUACCACCUCCGAUCUAAGCACGGGCCGGUCACUUUCCUCCAUGAGGAGAGAAGAACAGAGAACCUGAAAGAAAUUAAACGGGAGCAAAACAACACAGGCAGAGUUCAGAGGAAAUCUGCAAAGGUGGCAAUCUACUAUCUCCAUGAGCUGGCAGGAGAAGAGCUAGCCAAAGAGUGGCCCAAAAGAAAAGUUCUGCAGGACUUGAUUCCAGAUGACCGGAAGCUGAAAUACACUCGUCCUGGACUGCCCACAUUUAGUCAAGAUGUGCUGUGCAAAUGGAAAACAGAGAUAAAGAUGUACCGAAGAGUCCACUGCCCAAAUCAGGGUUGUGAAUCUGUGUAUGGCAGUGUCUCAGGACUCAAGUCUCACCUUGGCACAUGUACCUUGGGAGACUUUGUGGCUGGUAAAUACAAGUGUCUCUUGUGUGAGAAGGAGUUCAUUUCAGAGAGUGGAGUCAAGUAUCACAUCAACUCUGUGCAUGCUGAGGACUGGUUUGAUGUGAAUACAACGACCACCAAAAGCUUUGAGAAGCUAAUGAAAAUUCGCCAAAGGGAAGAGCAGAGGAAGCAACGGAAGAAACGUCCUUUGACCAGAGGCAAAAAGAAGAGAGCUGGCACCUUGGCUGCCAAGAAGCCCCCCACUGUUGGCGUUGAAAAAAUGAGGAAAAGUAAGAGAGGUCGUCCACGACGAGUGGACAACGAGAGUGCAAGCAGUGAGGAAGGGGCACCCCAAGUUGCACAGAGAGCUGAAGUUCCAAAAACCAGCCGCAAGCGAGGCCGAAGUAAAUCCCUAGAAGAUAAGGAGUAAUUUGAAAGCUUUUCAGUUACAAGCCCCACUUCUGUCAGGCUCAUAACCCACAGCACUAAUCUAAGCAGUUGAAUGUCUUUGGGACUGUGACUCAGUCCUGCGGAUGACUUUGAUACUGAAACUUCUGCAUCUGGUCAAUUGUGAGGAAUACAAACCAAAGCUGUGGUGCAGAGACUGCUUCUGCUGGUGUAGUUCCAUUGGACAAUGGCACUGACAGUGUACAGAGUGUGAUUCCUGCUCUGGUUGCAGUGUCAGUUUGGUCAUACUAGUUGCUUGUUUAGUGGUUUCCAGUACAGCAAGUGUCUGUUUUGUCAUCUUCCUCUGAUGUGUGAGAUCAGGGUCCUUUUUUACAGUUCUUCUCAUAAGGGACUGACUAGCACAAUGUUUAGCUCUCUUCAAGGGGGAAAUCCUUUCUUUCACAGAAUGCACACAAACUAAACAUGAAAACUGCUGUGCAGAAUGCAAAGAUUCCAGCUUGCCCUGUCACUCUCCUGUCUAUCGUCAGCAAGGCUGCCACUAAAAAGAACUUCUCAGUGUUUGCUGCAUCGUAUUGCACAAGGCUUUUUUUCAUACACCAGUGUUUAGGCUCAGCACCAGACAGCAGCACAUCUACUUGGAAGGGAUAGAAGGUCAUUAUUAUCCUUGUCAGGAACCCACUGUUCCCCUGGCAUCUGUCUCCUAUAAUGUUGGACAUUAAAGAUUUGUAGAAAGUCUUCCAGUGCUGCAAGGACUGAGUUCUCUCAAGCCCUCUGCUGAUUGACCAGCCUUUGAGAGCCCCCAGUAAAUGAUGUAUGAGGUGGCCUUUGUAUGCACUCUGAAGCCCACUUGUUUCAUGCUCACCUGGGAAACACUACAAGACAGUGCAUACCUACAUGAGCAGCCUGCUAGUGCUGGGACCACGUUCCAUGAAGCUGCCUUGCCAGUGUGUGGUUCUUGGUCAUGCCAGUGCUCCCACAGUGUCCUUUUUCCCUGCUUGGCAGAUACCACCUUCACUGUCUUACAUAACCUGUUUCUUUUCAGUAACACCUCUGUGCAAAUGAGGUGUGUUAGUGGUGGCUUCCCUGUGCAGAAAAGGUUAGAAGAAGAGGGGUCAUUAUUUUAAGUCCUGUUGUCAUUGUCUCUGGAUCAUAAGGAGCAAUAUCUUCCUGUGCUCCAUGAAUCACAGAAUGUUAAGGAAUUGGAAUGGACCUGAAAGAUCAUUUAGUCUCAACCUCCACUGCCACAGGUAGGGACGCAUCCCACUAGACCAGGUUGUUCAAGGCCUUUUCCAACCUGGCUUUGAACACUACCAGGGUUGGGGCAUCCACAGCCUUCCUGGGCAACCUGUUCCAGUGUUUACAUGCUGCAGAUGUCAUAGAGGCUACCAGGAAGCAGCGGCAUGGGCAGUCCUAUUUUUCAAAGAGUGGGUUCUCCAGAAUCUCUGUUAUCCAAAGACCCACUGUACCAGAAAAUUGCAAAAUUUGCACUGUCUGACAAAAUUGCUGGUGCUGAAAUUCACAGGGAAGCCAUUGCAGUGUCUGGGGAACAGACAGGUUUGUACAUUUGUGUUAUUACCAGCAUGAUCACAUUGUUCUUGACAGUGAGGAAUACUGUAGGGCCAAGGUGGUCUCAAGAACUGCCUGUGGAACCAGGUGCUACUGCGUUUGCAAGUGCUGUGCUGAAAGCAGAUGUGUGCACUGUGCAGGGUGUGUAAAGUCUGCAGUGAGAUGGGCAAGAUCAAAAGACAACAAAAUAAAAUGUCACCAGUGCAAGAA